AAUACUUUGACAGCUAAUAUCAUAAACAAUCAUAGAUUUAUUUUCACAACAAAUUCUAACUUGACUACAAUCAGGAACUGCGUUUUGAAAUAAGAUCUGUCAGUUCUGGUCUAGCCAGUCAACCACAAGGGAGACAACCCCUGCCACAGUGAGCAUUCUACAGUCGGAGUGAAGAUGACCGUUCUGUGGGCUGGUGCGUGCUGCUUGCUUGUUGCACUGACAGCUGGUCAGAAGUCUGACCUGCUGUAUCAGGUGGCCUUCUCUGCCGGACUGUCCCAUCACGUGACGCUUCCUGUCGGCAACACCGUCAAAUACGACCACGUCUUCACCAACAUCGACAACGCUUACGACCCAACGACGGGCGAGUUCACUUGCCCACAGACGGGUAUCUAUGUCUUUCAGUACCACUCACUUAGCCGCAGCAACGAGACGCUGUGGGUCUCCCUCUACCAAGACUACAUGUACGUCAACACAGCCUACGCCCACACCACAAACGACUUCGCCGCUGCCGGCAACGACGCCGUCCUCCAUCUGACAAGAGGGGACCACGUGAGCAUUCAGUCGGAGGGGGAUGACGGAGUCAGUCUUUACGGUGCGCCUGAUGAGAUCUACUGCACCUUUUCGGGGUAUCUUAUCUCCCCCAUUAUUGAAGAAACGCCUGUCAUCGAUGCCGCGACAGAGGUAGCGUUCUCGGCGGGUCUCAGUCACCAUCAGUCUCUCACAGGCGGUCAAACGGUUGUCUACAACCGUAUCAUCACCAACGUUGGCAACGCGUACAACCCGGCGACGGGCGUCUUCACCUGUCCGAUCAGCGGCGCAUAUGUCUUCCAGUACCACGCCAUGUCCCGGCAGGACAGCACAUUGUACCUCGAGCUCUACCUGAACGACAAAUACAUCAGCUCCGCCUACGGCCAUACUAUAACAGACUACGCCAGCGGCAGCAACUCCGGGAUCCUUGAACUCAACAAGGGGGACGCUGUCAGCGUCAAGGCAGCCGCGGGGUAUCAGACGGACCUGUACGGUCAAGUAUACGAGGUGUACUCCACCUUCUCUGCUGCACAGGAUGUCAGCCAGUUUGAGACCGCCUUCAGCGCUGGCUUGACAACACAUCUCACCCUCCAAGCCGGAGCGACCGUCAUAUAUGACAAAGUCUUCACCAACAUUGGCAACGCCUACGACAACAAAACCGGUGUGUUUACCUGCCCCCAGACCGGCAUCUAUGUCUUCCAGUACCACGGCCUGUCUAUGAGUGACGAUACGCUGUGGCUAGAACUCUACCACAACUACAACUACGUGUCGUCAGCCUAUGCCCACACCGACAGCGACUUCGCAUCUGCUGGCAACUCCGUCAUCCUCCACUUGUUUAAGGGGGAUACGGUGAUGGUGAAUGCCGAGCAAGACCAGGAGUCGAACCUGUACGGCGUCAGUGACGAAGUGUACUGCACGUUCUCGGGGUACCUCAUUGCCCCGGUGUUUGAGGAGAGCGUUGUUGUAGGGUAGGGGAAAUAAAUCCAACCAAACAUG